AUGGGACUAGAAGGAAGUGCUAACAAACUAGGCAUAGGCAUAAUGAAAGAUAAUACAAUACUAGCAAAUGAAAGAUUCACAUAUGCACCUCCUCCAGGCGAAGGGUUUAUCCCUGCAAAAACUGCCGAGCACCAUCGCUCCAAGAUCCUGGAUCUUAUAGCCAUAUCAUUGGAGAAGGCUGCAAUAUGCCUUAGCGAUGUUGAUGUAUUCUGUUAUACAAAGGGGCCAGGGAUGGGCUUGCCCUUAGCCGUAGUUGCUACUGUUGCUCGUACAUUGAGUCUGUAUUGCAACAAACCGCUCAUUCCUGUAAACCACUGUAUAGCUCACAUAGAAAUGGGAAGGUUCAUGACUAAAGCAGAAAACCCUGUCGUUUUAUAUGCUAGUGGGGGAAAUACCCAGAUCAUAGCAUAUCACAAUAAAAGAUAUAGGAUAUUUGGAGAAACAUUGGACAUAGCUGUUGGGAAUUGUAUAGAUAGAUUCGCUAGGGCACUCAGGUUGCCAAACUUUCCUGCGCCAGGACUCAGUGUAGAGAGAUAUGCAAAGCUUGGAAAAAAUUAUAUCGAGCUUCCUUAUGUCGUGAAGGGAAUGGAUGUUUCUUUCUCUGGAAUUCUAUCGAAUAUAAAAAGCAAGAUUGUAGAGAAUGAUCAGAUGAAGUAUGAUCUAUGCUACUCUCUGCAGGAAACAAUCUUUUCGGCAUUGGUUGAAGUCACUGAAAGAGCAAUGGCUUUCAGCAAUUCCAAAGAGGUUUUGAUUGUUGGCGGUGUUGGUUGCAAUCUAAGGCUUCAAGAGAUGAUGAGUAUAAUGGCAAAAGAGCGUGGAGGAAUAUCUUAUGGAAUGGACGAGAGGUUUUGCAUAGAUAAUGGGCUAAUGAUUGCAUAUGCAGGGAUGCUUAUGGCUAAAAGUGGGUCUUCUUUUAACCUGGAUGAAUGCUUUGUUACGCAGAGAUAUAGAACAGAUUCGGUAGAAGUGGCUUGGAGAGAUGACUAG